CGCCGUCGCCGCGCGAACAUCCCAAGCAACUAACCGACCGGUGUAUAUAAGUUGAAACUUUGCCGAACUUUUGCGGCACUUAUGCCGCUCCUACAUCAGGAUAAUGCUCGCGGAAGCGGCGGUUCCAAUGAAAAUCGCCGCUCCCUCGCAGAACUCCUUGGGUUAGAUACGUCCCAGAUCCCUGAGCCGCCGCCCGCUGCUGCCGUCGGCCCGAUGCCCAAUUACGUCCAGAGCGGUGGCGAGAGCACGUGGCGCUGGGAGGAGCCUCGCAGCCCGGAGGCGGCGCAGAGCCCGCGCGCGCUCGUGCCUCCCGGCUGCUUCCCGCCGCGGCAUCCGCGGGCCUUUGCUAGCUACAGUGAAAGCGCACAGCCGGGCCCGGGUUGGCCGGAGGAGUCCACGUCUGGUCAGGGCAUCACCGACCUCGUCGCAUCCUUAAAGGCCUUGGCGAUGCCGGCGCCGUCGAGCGCGCGGUCUAUGUACGCGUCCGUGCCGCCGCCCGUGCGCCUGAGCUACGACCAUCUGGAGAAAGCGGUGGAGCCACACUGGGCGCCGGAUCACGCAAGUGGCACUUCUAGGGACAACCGCGCCCAUCUGCUCCCGCGCCGCGCAUCUUUUUGUGGCGCGGUAUCGAACAAUCGCGACCGUCCUGAAGUGUUGGUCUGGAGUGGCGCCCUGCCCCCCCGCAGCGCCGACCCUGCUGGCGGCUUUUCCGCAAAAGUAUUCCUAGGCGGGCUACCCUGGGACAUCACAGAACAAGCUCUCAUGCACACGCUGAGGCACUUCCACCCGAUUCGCGUGGAGUGGCCGGGGCGCGAGUGCGGCGGCGCGUCGCCGCGCGGGUACGCGUACGUGACGCUGGAGAGCGAGCGGCGCGUGCGCGCGCUGCUGGCGGCCUCGCGCUCCGACGGACGCGACUGGUACUACCGCAUCGCCUCGCGCAAGAUGCGCACCAAAGAGGUGCAAGUGAUCCCGUGGGCGGUGUGCGACUCUAACUGGGUGAGCGGCGGGUCGGCGCGGCUGGAGCCGGCGCGCACGGUGUUCGUGGGCGCGCUGCACGGCAUGAUCAGCGCCGCCGGGCUCGCCACCAUCAUGAACGACCUCUUCUCCGGCGUCGUCUAUGCAGGCAUAGACACGGAUAAGAACAAGUACCCGAUCGGUUCCGGGCGCGUGACGUUCAACAACGUGCGCUCGUACGUGCGCGCCAUCUCCGCCGCCUACAUCGAGAUACGCACGCCCAAGUUCACUAAAAAGGUGCAAGUAGACCCUUACCUGGAGGACUCGAUGUGUUCUGUGUGCAACUUGCAGCAGGGACCGUACUUUUGUCGUGAGCCCAUGUGCUUUGGGUACUUCUGCCGUUCGUGCUGGUCGUGGCAGCACAGCGCCGACAACCACAAGCCGCUCAUGCGCAGCUCCAAGAGCGGGCCGGCCGCCGCGCCUGCGCCCUCGCCCCCCGCCGACCGCGUCUCCACGCUCUGUCUCAACGGACUCUACGCCAAUAAUGAUGGUACCCCGUCUCCUGCGACGAGUGGCGCGAGUGGCGCGAGCGGUGCUAGUGGCGCGAGUGGCGCGAGUUGCUCCAGCUCGGCGGAGCAGGGUGGCUCGGAGGCGGGCUGGCCGCCGCGCUGAGUCGCCGGCGCAGCGGCGAUAUGUGUCGAGCCGCUAUUAAGUUGGGCGCUUCGCCACCACGAUAGCUUAGUUGUAAGGUUGAUUUUCUGACUGCACUGGAAUGCUACUCCCAAUGCUUCAAACAAAUAUUGACAAUCUAUAUCAAACUUAUAUUCCCUCUAUAAUAUAGAUAUCGAAAUUUUUAUAGUUAAUCGAUUUCAGUGCAGUCUUUUCAAUCGAUAAUCAUUUUAAUCGAUUUAAUUAUGACGCUUCUCAAUUUUUACUAGUUCUAAAGACGAAGGUGAAAAAUUGUACAAGUGUCUAUAAGAAAAAUUGAUCAGUUUUAAUUGUAGAAAUCGGUCUGGUUCGCUUUAAUUUAUCGAAAUUUUAACAUAAAAUUAUCUACAAUUUGCCAUAUCGAAGGCAAGCCUCGCAUAUGAAUUAGUGACUUGAUUAGGCUAAUUGUAUUAAUGGGACUGAAAUAUGGAAUACAGCUUCACAGGCCGCGCAAUAAGGCUCAAGUUCGAAGGACCACUUCGCUAAUUAGAUUUAAUUCCAUAUUAGAACAUUGUAACUCUAGCCAAAUUUAAAUUAUAUUGUUAGUGAUUUUUUAAAUAUUUUAAAAUACGCCUCUAGGCUGUCCACUGAAGAUUUUAAUAACAUUUUAAGCUUUUAAAAUGUAAUCGUGAUUUUAUAGAAUUUUAGUAAGCAAUGGAAAAUGAAUUGUUGAUUUUAACUGAUCGCUUGUUACUUGAUUUUAAACUAAAUAUACUAAUGUUAUU